UCGUGGGACCCAUCUGAGCUGUGGAUGUCGCUGAUUUUUACACCCAAGGCAUGGAAUCGAGGAUAGAACCUGAUGGACGGAGAUGAUUUUACGUACGUCGCAUGUCGGGCUCCACAGCUUGGGUGUUUUGCGCAGUCGUUUUAAAGCAGUCAGGUCCAGAAGCGAUAGGGAGACAGAGAAAGGCCCGAGCAGCAGCAAUGGCGGAAAGCUCCUGUCUUAUUGGAGCGAGCUCUGCUCUCAAGACGACCUUUCGAAAAGGCAAAAGCCAUCACCUCCUUUCACCUUCUUCUCCAUCCCACCUCGUCUGCGGUUCGUCUUUCUCUCUCCUCUCUCAGAGGAGGAAAAGCAGCAGCAGCAGAAGUCAUGGAAGAGACGGAGCUGUCGUCGCCGUUCGAUCGAUGGCCUCUUCGUUCGGAUCUCGAUUGGAAGAGACCGUGAAGAGGACCGUCUCGGAAAACCCCGUCGUCAUCUACUCCAAGACCUGGUGCUCGUAUUCAUUGGAGGUGAAGUCGCUGUUCAAGCGGCUCGGUGUGGAGCCACUCGUUAUUGAAUUGGAUGAAAUGGGUCCUCAAGGCCCACAAGUACAAAAGCUGUUGGAAAGGCUCACCGGACAACAUACGGUCCCAAAUGUUUUUAUUGGUGGCAAGCACAUAGGCGGUUGUACAGAUACUGUGAAGUUGCAUCGGAGAGGAGAACUCACAUCCUUGCUAGCAGAAGCAGGUAGCAGUAACACCCAGAGCUUGCAGCCUUGAGGAUAUGUGGAUGCAUGGAUUGCAAGAAUCUUUGGACCUGUUGAUAACAUAUGUUGUUUCUUUCAAACACAAUCCAUUUCAUUCAACCACAGAUUAGAUUACAGGUCUAAAUCAUGAGUGUAUAUCUUUUCUAAUCAAUUUAUGCAAUCUCUACAAACUUGCCAUGUACUUGAAUAAUAAAAAAGUGGCAUGCUUUUCAAUGGA